CGUUGAUUUAUCACGUGACUCACCCCCUUACCGGUGAUUCACUCCCUACCUAUCCAAAGAUGGAGUUGAUUUGAAUAAUAAGUCAGUGGUAACUGGUGAGGGAUCAUCGAGACCAUCGGGUGGUGACAACCAUCGAGACCAUCGGGUGUGGCACCUAGGGUGGCAUGGUGGAUAAAUGGAUGUUCAGAUCCACAAUUUAAUCCGCUAGUGCUAGACACCAAGCUUAGGACACCAUUAUUCAAAUUUUCAACGAGAGGGAGGACGGGAAGUUGGCCAAUUAGUCGAGGGGAGAGCUCGGAGUUGAAGAUGGAGUUGUAGGCUUGGGAGAGAGAGGUCAGCCACGAGCCCAAGUAGGGAGUACGGUGCCAUAGUAGUGAAAAAGAACGGAGCAGCAGAGCUGGGUAGCAUUCCUUUCUACGAAUGUUAUAAUCGGAGACGUUACUUACUAGCAUCGUUGCGAAUUCUUAAUACGAAUGCGUGCGUGUGGGGUUGGCAGUUGACGAUGGUUGGUCAUCAUCGGGCGCUAUUUGUCCGAUAGACGCGCGCAUGUGCGAGACAAAAUUUCUCAGUAAGACUACUGGGAACGUAAAUCGCGUCGAAAUCACCAGUCUCGCAAAACAUCAAGAUGGACUGUCCAGAUAUUCCUCCAACUCCUCUAGAGAGAGAGCUAUGGGUCAAGGUUCUCCAAACUCCGGACCAAAUAACAGAAGCCGAAAGACUUGUUAUUUUGCGGCAACCAGACCUCGCCACACAGGUUGCUAAUAGUCUCAAAGUCAGUGGACUCACACUAGAACAAUUGCAGAACAAAGCCCUCACAAGUCCUGAGUCGAUGACUUCUGAAGAAUGCCGUUUAGUCCUGGAUAGGUAUCACAUUUGGAGUCCACAAGAGGCGACUGCAAACAGCAUACUUCGUUGGGGUCACGAGGACCUUAUGGCUCACAUCAAAGCCCGUCACGCAAUUGCAACUUCUCGAGAUAAUGCUGUGUUGUUAGCUGCUAGUGUUAGAUCAAACGUCUUUGCAGCGGCUAAAAGGAAAGAAAUCCAGGCAUCAAUGAAGAAAUACGCUGACGACAUGAACCGACCCUGCAAAUGGGUACGAAAUCUUAUUAACCCAUCAAUGUCAUGGAGCGAACAGACUGGACGUUGGGGCUUUGUUAUCUUUCGAGAUAGUGCCAUAGACUGCGACAGUAACAGUGAUUCUUGGGAUAGGUUUCUGUCUGUCAUGGAUAGUUGUGUAGAUGAAAGUCUCAGACAGAUGGUCGGUGGCACAGCCAUUAUACUAACGAAAGAGUUUAUUUUAGCAGACGAGCCUGUGUCCGAGAAUAACCCUGAAAUUCUACGCAGCAUUUUCCAGCAGCGACUGGCGGAAGAGGCUGUCCUAAAUCCUCGCGUUCCAAGCAACACAUUUCUACUCGUCACUCCCGAAGUUGUGGAUGCGUGCAUUAACACUUCUACACCGUGGAUAUGGGCGUAUGACGCGAAGUUUAUCCCUUCGGCUACGCCUCCACCUGUAUCAGCAUCUGGGACAGAGCAUUAUGAAGGACGAUUAAGGGUUAGUUUGUACACAUUAUUCACCUGGUUUUAUGCUGUACGAUCUGAGGAGCUCUACAACAUGGCCCUUUUUUGGGAGAAGGCACAGAAUCAGGGUCAAGUUUGGAGUGUUGCAACUCAGUCAGGCAUUUAUCACCAUCCGUUUGUUCUCCUCGAGAAGGGCUCAUCGUAUCCAUUUAAUACAUAUGAGCUUGACAAUGGCCCUUAAGGCAUAUCUAUCUUCAACAGCUUCCGCUUGCUGCGAAUUUUAUUCCCGUUCGUAUAGGUAUAUAACAUUUUUAUUAAUUAACACUUUUAUAUAACUAUUAAGUUUUAGAUAUUCU